UGUUCGAGAUGGACAGUCAAGUCACUGUUGAAGGAUAUUUGGUAGAUCUAGUUGAUGAUUCUUGGCGUUCAGAUAGUUUACCUGAAGACGAUAUCGCUGUUCCCACCUGGGAACUUCCUGACCCAGAAGCGGAUUCAGGUGAUAUUCACUUCACCUUGAAAGAACAAGAACAAAAGUGGGCAGAUAUUCUGCUAACUUCCCUUAGUGAACAUCUAUAAUUCUUCCUUAUCAUUAAAUUUUCCAAAUGGAACUACCAAGUAUUGGUAAGCAUUGCAAUAAUUUGGAAUGCAAACAACUAGACUUUCUUCCUCUAAGAUGUAAAUGUGGCAGCAUUUUUUGUGCUGAUCAUUUCAAUUUGCAUGUGAAAAUUUGUGAAACUUCAAAACACUUAACAGCAGAUGAAUUGAAAACUAUUGAAAACCUAUAUACUUGUUCAAAUCCUAAUUGUGAAGUGAGAGAUAUUGUACCUCUGAUUUGUGAAAGAUGUAAGAAGCACUUUUGUGUCAAGCAUAGGCACUUGGAAUCUUGUGAACCUAAAGACAAAAAUGCCAUAUCCAAAGAAAAAGAAAAGUAUGCUGCACCUAUCAAACAAUUCAAUACAGCCAAAGCUGCAGUGGAUGAACAGCGUUUUUCCAACUGAAGCUCUUCAUAGGGUGAUGACUGAAGAUGAGUUGGCUUACUAUUUCCAAACGGCUGACGAAAAUUUGAUACCUGAAUAUGAAUUGGUUGAUUUACCACUGGUAUUGCCCGUUAAAGAAGCUCUAGAAUCAGGUGGAGGCGAUGUAGAAGAGAUAGAUUACAACUUCCAUGCUUUCCAAAGGCCUAUUGAACUGAAACUGAAGAGAAAUCCUAGUAUAACAUCAUUCAAUUUCAAGACCUAUGUCCAUGAUGAUGACGGAAUCAGAAUUUUAGAAAACUCACCUAGGAAAUGUCAUUAUCUACACAGGGAUGAUGGCUCGGUUGCUUCCAUAAGUAUCUGUUCACCAAAGAAUGUGCAAGGUAUUAUUCUUCUUGAAAACACGACUUUAGAACUACACCCUCUGACAGAGAGGUUACAGGCUUUGCUUCAUCUGAAGGAACCACUUGUUGAAACCCUAGAGGAAUAUGACGACAUAAAGAUACCUCAUCUCAUAAAAAGAGCUAAUUUUCUGCCAAAUGUGCCAAGCUUCGAUCAUAACGAGGUCUUUCCAAUAGCUGGGAGUGUAUGGGCAGACAAUGCAGAAAUUAUUCCGAAUUACGAUAGGGUAUUCGAUAGUAAUUACAAUUUCAAAGGCUAUUAUGGAGAUUUUGAACAAGAAGCUGUGAGGUAUAAAUCCUCGAGUUUGACUGUGGAGUUGGCUUUGUUCUUUGAUGAAGCAGCAUACAGAAUUUUUGCACCAUACUUCAGAUACGAUGAAAUGAGGAUACAAGAUAUGCUUUUAGCUUAUAUGAACGGCGUUCAAGCCCUCUACCACCAUCCUAGUUUAGGAACUCCUUUGGAAUUGGUUUUAGUGAGGCUUGAUAUAAUGAGAAAGCAACCUUCCAGUUUGCCCCAUUAUGAUGGCGAAAGAGGGAAAUUGUUAGACAGUUUCUGUGCCUAUCAACAACAGUUGAAUCCAUCUGGCGAUUCUAAUCCAGAACAUUGGGAUAUGGGCCUAUAUAUAUCGGGAUUGGACUUUUUUGCAUAUGAAAACGGAAAGAGAAGUGGUGUAACAAUGGGACUAGCAACCGUUGGGGGAGUUUGCCUUGACCAAUAUGCUUGUAUCAUAGCUGAAUUUGGAACAACCAAUGUAUUUGGAAAGCCCUAUCCCAGCGCUGGCUUUACAAGUGUUUAUAUUCUGGCUCAUGAAAUCGGACACAACCUUGGAAUGCAUCAUGACAACAGUGGUAACAGGUGUCCCAAAGAAGGUUAUAUAAUGUCUCCAUCCAGAGGUACAAAUGGGGAGACUCAAUGGUCAACAUGUAGUGCGGAUGUUGUAGCAAAAUUAGGAUGGGCAAAAUGUCUAAGGGAUCCUGGCAAGUCUCCUAAGCAUAUGGAUCACACAAGAUUUCUGGACGUUCCUGGUCAAGUAAUUACUGCAAACAAGCAGUGCGAAAUUUUACUUCGUGACAAACAAGCUGUUAUAUUACCAAACCAGGAUUUAGCUACAAUCUGCUAUAAUCUACAGUGCAAAACACCACAGAGAAGUGGAUACUAUUUUGCUGGGCCAGCUUUAGAAGGAACUCAAUGUGGAAACGGAAAGUAUUGUUAUGGUGGUAGUUGCAUAAGGAGAAAUCUGCCGAAACCAGUGAAGGUCAUACCAGGUGGAUGGGGACCAUGGAAAGAAGGAAGCUGUAGUUCUGGAUGUACAGAAAAAUCGAUGGGUCACAUUUCGAAAAGAAGAUUCUGUAAUAAUCCCACACCGGUGAACACCGAUCAAGGAUGUACUGGUUCUGGUGUCGAGUUUGGCUUAUGUGACGAUAAUAAGAUAUGUAGGUAUAAAAAGCAAUCAGUCAUUGACUUUGCUUCCAAAAAGUGUCUUGAAUUUUCGAAAGUGUUACCAGAGUUAGAUAGGAAUGGUUCGGGUCUACAAGCGCCACAUGAAGAAGCUCGGGUGUGGAUGGGUUGUGCAAUUUUUUGUAAAAAUGCAGCUACAGGCACAUUUUAUACCCCACGAAUCGAGCUGAAUGAUUUAGGAUUAUCAGCAUAUUUUCCAGAUGGAACGUGGUGUCAUAGAGAAAAUGAUAUAAACUAUUAUUGUGUUCAACAUCAUUGUUUACCAGAAAAUUUCAAAUUCACGAAAUCAUCAGAUAUUUUGGAAGACUUCUCAUUUUUACAAAAUGCAAGGCCCUCUCUUGACAUUCCACAAGAUAUAAGAGAUUAUCUAUCUCUGGAUCAGAAUGGAAAACCGAUAAAGACAACUCUUUCCGAAAUUGAUCCCAAACCUAAGGAUGAAGACUGGGAGACCAAUGACUAUGUUGAAGUACCAGGUUUGAAAGACAGAUACAAGAGAUUGCAAUCUAAUAAUGUCUUUUAA